AAGUCUCAAAGUCAGUCGUGUCAAUGUGACCAACGUAACGAUUUCUUAAAGUUGUGGUUUCCUGGCAAGUUUUUCAUCUUCAGUUCCUUAUUCCUGGGUGUGGUGACUGAGCACAAAGAAACAUCUCCCCGAGAGAGUGGCAUGGAGCUGUUGUUUGUUCUAGGAUUAAUUGGAGCGGAAAUUAUUACGGUCAUCUCAGAUGAUCUGCCUGCACCACAGCUGUCAACACAAGCGUCUUCUGUCUACAAGGAUCAGUCGGUGGUUCUGCAUUGCACAGCACCCAGCAGUUACCCAGAAGGCAUCUUCCACCUUUAUUCUGAAAGUAGUAAGGUCUGGGUAGAUCGAAAGUCAGCUCCAGAGACCAUGAACAGUGUCACAUUCACUCUACAGCCUCCGGCAACUGAUGGCACGAUAUCAUAUUCCUGUGUGUACCGUUGGUGGGAGCAAGACACGGAAAGGAUAUCCCAGCGUAGCAAUGUGGUCAACGUGACCAUUCUGGACGAGCCUGCACCUACAAAUUCAUCGGAUGCCUUAGAGGCGGCAUUACCUGUUCCUUUGUGGGUGAUCCUCCUGGUCUGUGGGCUCCUUGGUUUUGUGAUCCUAGUGGCUUCUGUAGCUCUGAUUGUUUGCCUAAUCCAAAGAAGUAAACAGAAAAAGCAGGAACAGAGGGAUAAAGAAUCUAUCUGGAUUAAUCAAGAUAUGGCAAAAGAUUGGACUCUGAGCCGUAAUAACAAGGUCUUUCCCAUGGUAAGCUCUCCGGAAUCCACCACGGAGACCGAGAUGUCCCAUCCAUACCUGGCCUAUAAAAACUCCUAUACACACAAUAGAUCUGCACAACCUUUCAGCAGCUUCAGAACAUGACCGACUGCGAUAUUCCAUUUCCAAAUCAGGAGUGUGACCUCUUCUAACCAGAGGGCAGACUCUGUGAUCCACGGACAAUACCUCUAUUUUGUGUCCUUUGUUCUUAUUCAAAUGUCAGUAAAGGAACAUUCAUUGCUGUUCAAAGCCUGAAGACCUAAACGAAACCUAUCCUGGGCCUUGAUGUGACAUUACCAGUAUGUAAUACAUCAUAUGAGGAUAAAUGUAUUUAAUUCUUAAAAAAAUAAGUAUUUUUAAUACAUUAUUCUGAUAAAAAAAAAGACAAAAAAAUUUAAGAAUCAUCCAGUUUGCUUCAAAAGAGAAGAAAAUGCCUUCCUGCCCCCUUUAGGGCUCAUUUCGUUCUAUAUGUGUGUGUGUGUUCUUCAGCUCCGGGGAGCGAUCGCGAGGGGGCGGCUAGAAACGAA